AUGGCCGGCAAUUUUGUCGACAAACAUCGUCUUGUUGGAGUCUUCACGAAGUGUGAUAGGUUGGAGAAUCCGAACGAGGUAAUUGACAUUGCCAGUGGGUAUGGCAAAGACUCUACAAGAUCUAUGAAGGACGGCUGGUUUGUAGUGAGAAAUCGAUCCGAUGCCGACAAUGAAGAGCUUGAUUUCAAAGAAGCUGAACGCAAACUCUUCAGUCGCUCGCCUUGGGACAGAAUCCCAGAGAAUCGACGAGGCUCCGUACAGCUUCAGAAGUAUCUCGGCAAUCUUCUCUGCGCUCAGAUUCGAGGAAACUUUCCCGCGAUUCAAGAGUCCGUCCGGAAGUUGCUCUCGGAUGCCAAAGACAGCAGGAAGAGUCUAGGGAAACCUCGCCCAAGCCAUAGUCUUCGUCAGCAAUACAUCAGGGAUGUGGUGGAGAAGUACCACACAGUGGCGACAAAGACUCUCAAGAGCCCUGGAUCGUUGGCCAAGGACAGUCUACGCGUCAGAGGAUUGGUCCGUCGCGCAAACGAAAGCUUCACCGGUCAAAUGCUUGCCCGUGGGCAUACGCACACCUUUGAAGACCAUGGAGUUGACCCUAUGACCCAGCUCUCCGACACCAUUACCUUGUUGUCAAAUCCACAACCAGCCACAGUUCCGACACCAACCGGGCACGAGCAAGUUACUACGCCACCGACAACACCGCCAAAGAAGCGACAUGCACCGCCGGCUCAACAACCUACCAAUUUCCAGUCCCACCGCGGCGCGCCUUUCGUGGAUGAAAUCCGUGAGCAGCUUCACAUCUGGCAGACAACAGAACUCCCUGGGAUGGUAAACACAGAGGUCAUCCAGAUUCUCUACAAAGCGCAGUCAGAGCAGUGGCAACGGAUUGCAGAACAGCACAUUGAGAAUAUUGCCGACGAUGUAGAAAGGGCUUCUAAUUCGAUUCUCGAAGAUGUUUGUUCGCCUGAAAAUUGUUCGAAAAUUCUGUAUGAGGAGCUGGCUCGAGCCCUCACCCACUUUCAGCAAGAAGCCAAGCAGAAAGCUCUUCGAGAGCUCAAAGAGCAUUGCCGACGCGAGAGAGAGACUCACCUCCAGACGACAGACGCAAGGUUUCACGAAAGGCUGCAGGCUCUACGGACUGUUCGACUUCUCAAAGCGAUUGGCUCGAGCUUUUCUUCAUUCAAAGGUCUGGACCUGAGCAGCUCCAAGAUUCUCUUCCAUCAGUUACACCACUCAAUCGAGGGCAACAUGGUUAACGAUGUGCAUGACGUUGUCAAAGUUUACUACGAACUUUCUCUCGAGGCCUUCAUCAGAUACAUCACCAACGAUAUUGUCGAGGAUUUCGUAUCUUUCUCCAAGGGACCCCUAUUGGGAUUGUCCACGGACUGGGUCUUCACGUUGACUGAUGAAGAAGUUCAGAGGCUCGCUCGCGAGGAUGACGAGACAGUGGGGAGACGCUCGCAUUUUGACGGAGUCAUUAAAAAGCUGGAAGCUGCGCAUGAAAUAGCCGAGAAGGCUAGGAUUCAGACUCGGAAUCUUGGGGACAUGUGA